AUGACGCGUUAUUUGACUCCCUGGAGAGUCUCCUUGCUGUGUCUGGUCACACUGUACGCCGAUGGCGUUGUGCCCAACUCUUCAGCUAUUCACGUCCUCUCGUUUCUCACAGCGGGUCUGUUCCCACUAGAUGCCGCCGAUAAGCAAUGGGAGGAGCAUUACAUGCCGACAAUUUCGGAGUUCGAAAAGUGUCUAUCUGGCCAGGAGUCAUCUGUUCCUGGGCGCACGCUCUGGGACUUGUUUCUGAAGAACCUGUGGUCCAUCGACUCGCUGGAUGCUUUGGAAACUUUCUUCAGCGAUGUUAUCCUGUCGCUACUGGAAAAAUCGCGUGAUGAAUUGAUCCAUGAGAGGGACAAUGGAAUUGUACCGGAGAAAGAUGAUCGCAUGCGCUUGUCUAGGAGUUCGCCGCUGGGCAUAUUCAUACGGAGAGCUUACCUUGAAUAUACGCGAUUGCAGUUCCACGAUUCUGUGAAACUCUGGACGGGAUUCGUCAGAUAUCGUCUGCCAACAUACAGCUACUGGAGUCGCAGGCAUCACGAGGCCGGGGAAAUCGCCAUUGAUGUCAAUUUACGCGACCUUGGACUGGAUUCCACUAGCCACCUUUCACAGGUGGUGUAUGGUAAUAUCGAAGAUGAAGAUGAAGAAGAAGAGGUCAGCGCCAAGGACGCAGAGCGAUUGCUUGAGUUCCAGGUUGGUGAACUUCAAAGAAUGGGAGGCAGAGUUCCAGAUGAAAUGAGGGCUCAGCUGAAGCGCAUCAUCACUGCAGAGUCUUCAAUUCCAGUACAGAUGCACUAUCUAGAAUAUUUGGAUGCCUGGAGGGCGGGAGAUUACACCUCAGCUUUUGAUAAUCUCCACCGCUACUUCGACUACACUAUGCAUGAGAGCCUGGACAGAAGUUCAUAUCAGUUUGCGCUCCUGAACUUAGCUAUCAUGCAAGCAGAUUUCGAGUGUUUCAACGAAGCUAUCUCCGCCGUGCAAGAGGCCGUUGCCAUCGCUCGCGAGUCUCACGAUAUGAACUGCUUGAACUUCUGUAUGAGCUGGCUGUAUCACUUCAGCAAAGCCUUCCCAGAGCAGAUGAGAGAAGUUCAGAAUAGUGGAAUGCUGGGCAAUGAAAAAGAGGGCCUCGCUUUCCUCAAGUACAAGGCCAAGGAGACCGAAAUGUGGUCUCUCAUGAGUACCACAUUGCUAAGCGAAGCCAAAUUGGAGAUGCAACAAGGAGAGAGUCUUGCCUCGAUUGUCGAAACAUUUGUGCGAGCAUCCCACGUUAAUGUGAUAAAGGGUCUUGUCAGUCCCACGGGUGCCCACAUGGGGCUGCAUGGAUCCAUGUAUGCCAGGAUAGGCGCAACUCAUCUUGCUUGGCUGAAUACAGAGGUAUUCCGCGAGUGCUAUUCAGAGAAACAACCUCACGAUGACUGUGUCAGGAUUACAUUCCGAAACUGCCAAAUAUUGACCCAAAAGGGCAAUUACAAGGAGGCAUCCACGCGGAUGAAUAAAAUCGACCCAGAGAAGCUGCGUUCAUUCAAAUACAAUAAUGCAUGGACUUGGUACUCAGGGCUUCUGCAAUUGCGGCGCCAAAUCUGUCGUGAUGAUAAGGUGGCCGUCGAACACAUCCUAGCGCAACUUGAAGCAGUGCAACUCCGCGAUUUCGACAUGCGCCUUCUUCUGGCCUUCCAAUCCAUAGAAUUCACCAUGCGCCAGGGCGACUAUGGCCGCGCCUUAAGAAUGGUCGAGCAAGCCGCCCACUCAAUGCAACCAGAGAACUUCGACGUCCAUUCCCAAGUCAAGCUCCUCUGUCUCAAAGCCCAAAUCCUCGGAAAAUCAGGCCAACCCCAACGCGGCUUCUCCCUCGCCAUGCGCGCCGCAAACAUAGCACAUCGCUCAAAACUCCUCGCUGAUCUCUGGGAGGCCAUUUGCACACUAUCAACGGUGUUACUAAGUCUCCGCGAAUUCGAAGCAACAGGCGAACUCGUCGAGAGCAUCAUGCCCCAGAUCCUGGAGUCAGAAGACUACGGCCUUAUCGCGAAUGCAUAUUCGCUGCUCGUUGAUGCGAAUAUGGGUAUGGCGGGUGAGCUGUGGAGCUUGAAGGGACGGGACUCGACGUCCGCGCGAAAAGAGCAUAUCAAUCGUGCUCUUGGGUACAUUGACUCGGCGUAUGAUCAUUUCGAGGAAAUCGAGGAUAUCAAGGGUCAGACGGAGAUGAUGGCUAAAAAGGCUACUGUGAUGCAUCUUACAGGCGAUCCGGUCUUGGCUAAUGACUAUGCUGCUAAGUAUCUGGAUCUGCGGAGACGACGGGGGACUGAGAUAUGA